UGUCAAUUGUCAGCAUUCAUGUCAUGUCACAGUAUUUGUUAUCUGCGAGGUAUUUUAGUGAUAAAAGCGAACUAUAAACAGAAAAAAUGGAUAAUAAACCGUCACUGAGUCAAUAUUUCGGUGAUAAGGAAGUACCACCCGCCUCCCAGUUUUUCGAUGAAAUCGGGACGUCGCCAUCGGACAUGGUACAAAGCAUUUAUUUGGGCGAGCCCGAAGGUAACGUUUCAGCCAAUCAAACGACGACAAAUAAUCUUUUUCCCCAAAAUAUGUCGGUUUCGUUUACACAACAUAAGACGUCAGAGGAGAUGACUUUUACAAAUGUUUUGCCUACUGUGAGUGGGUCUACUGCAGUGCCUGCAGCGAGUUUACCAGAUCCAUCAACGUUCUUCGACACUAUUGGCCCUGAACCACAGAUUGCUCCGACUAAACCCAGUAUUGCCACCCCAACAGUACUUGCUGAAGCGAUGGACGGACUAAGUAUUAAAAACCAGCCUGUAGACAAAGAAGCGGACAGGAGAAGAGAUGCCUGGAUACCAAAUGAUGAAGCCAAGAAAACAUUGAUGAAGGCACAAUCUUCACCUAAAGGCUCGUUCUUCCCUGAGAGAGAAGUCCUAACAAUGCCUGGAUUAAUACUCGAAGAGGAAUUGGCCGAUGCCCUCCAAGAAGUAGCAGUGAAGUACCUGGGAGUAAGUUCGGCCGGUAGCCGAGGAGUGGUGAGGGCGGAACACGUGAGUCGUGACGAGGCGGGGCUGCGAGAACUACUGCGCACUGGGUACUUGAGGGCAGCUAUCAACCUCACUCAUGUACUGAUCAGUGCUGCUGGACAAGGUGUGGGUCGCAUGCAUCGCCCCACGAAACACACGCCGCGCUCGCUGCAACUCUGGCUGACGAGGUUCGCAGUGAUGCUGCGGAUCAAGCUCACAGACCCGUUGCUCAAGGAGGCUGAGCCGUUCGGAGAUUUCAGCAAGCCUGACAUGUUUUAUGAGUUCUACCCAGACUCGUACGACAAUCGCACGGGCAGUCUUGUACCGUUCUCCCUGCGAUUAUUAGUCGCAGAGCUGCCGGCGCAUGUCGGGAAACCGGACGAGGCGGUCGACAGACUGUAUGCUAUGUUGGAUGUUAUACAAACGAUGUUAUCAAACCUCCGUGAAGGCAAGACAGAGGACGGAUCAGCUACCAUAACGGAGACGGACAAAACAGAGUCCAUUCGUCUCUGGAUGGGCAGAGAGACGAGAGUCAUGCACUCGCUCGUCAACUGCGCUAUUGCUAUGAAGGACUACCGCCAAGCAGCCCGGAUACUAAGUACCCUGCAGCAACAAGCCAGCAGCGCGGGCGCGCGUCGCGCGGCGUGCAGCGCGCUGUGCCGGCUGUGGCUGCUGGCCGGGCACGUGCGCGCCGCCACCGCCUGCCUCGACGCCGCCAGGGACGCACGACAUCACAUAUGUCCGACUCCCGACGUCCGUGAAUACGUGGAUAUGGGCCUAAUAGACAUAGCGCACGGCAAGUACCAAGACGCGUACAAUAACUUCGCCAGAGCCGCUGAUCAAGAACCUACUAAUAUUAUGGUCGCAAACAACCUAUCAGUCUGCCUACUCUACAUGGGACGUCUAAAAGAAGCCAUAGCCGUUUUACAAAAGGCUAUAAACUCAGACCCAGAAAGAGGAUUGAAUGAGAGCCUUCUAAUAAAUCUCUGUACACUAUAUGAACUAGAAUCUUCCAAAACUAAUGAAAAGAAACUAAAUUUACUAAGAAUGCUUUGUAAAUAUAAAAGUGAUACUAUACCUAAUGUUUUAGAGUGUUUGAAAUUGUAAAUAAAUUAUUAUUGUUGUUAUAAAAGA